GCUCCCCUUGCAUUUCCCCUGUGGCCAGGACUGCACAGCAUGGAGCAGAGCAAACCCAGUGUGCUGAGGGGCCUGCUCCUGCUCAGCCUUCUGCACCUCACACUGAGCCAUGCUGGAGUUUUCCUGGAAAAGGGGCAGGCACUGUCACUGCUCAAGCGCUCAAGACGUGCCAACAAAGGAUUUCUGGAAGAGAUGAUGAAGGGAAAUCUGGAGCGAGAGUGCCUGGAGGAGACAUGCAGUUAUGAGGAGGCCUUUGAAGCCCUUGAAUCCACUGUUCAGACGGAGGCAUUUUGGUCAAAAUACCAAGUAUGUGAGGGCCUGAGAAAGACGAGGGCAGUUCUGGAUGCUUGUCUAGAAGGUACCUGCUCUCAUGAUCUGGGCCAGAACUAUCAGGGAACGAUCAACUACACCAAAUCAGGCAUUGAAUGUCAAGUGUGGACAAGCAAAUAUCCACAUAUACCUAAAUUUAAUGCCACCAUUCACAAAGAUCUCACUGAGAACUACUGCAGGAACCCAGACAACAACUCAGGAGGCCCAUGGUGCUACACCCGAGAUCCAACGGUGGAACGGGAGGAGUGUCCCAUCCCAGUGUGUGGUGAAGAAAGGACUACAGUUGAAUUCACUCCACGGGUCACACCACCAGCUCCAGUGGAGCAAUGUGAACCAGACAAAGGCAUGCUUUACACCGGGACCCUCUCAGUCACUGUGUCUGGAGCUAAGUGCCUGCCAUGGAACUCUGAGAAAGCCAAAGAGGUGCUCCUUGGAAAACACAUCAAUCCAGAGGUGAAGCUGCUGGAGAAUUACUGUCGGAAUCCUGAUGAAGAUGAUGAGGGGGUCUGGUGUGUCACAGAUGAACCACCCAACUUUGAAUAUUGUGAUCUGCACUACUGUGAGAGCUCACUAGAGGAUGAGAAUGAACAGUCGGAGGGAAAAACAGCACGUACGACUCUUGCUCAAGAGUUCAAAACCUUCUUUGAUGAACAAACUUUUGGUUCAGGUGAAGCAGACUGCGGUACUCGACCUUUAUUUGAGAAGAAAAAGGUAGCGGACAAAACUGAGAAGGAACUGCUAAGCUCCUACAGAGAGUCCAGAAUUGUGCAUGGGGAAGAUGCAGAAGUUGGCAGCUCCCCCUGGCAAGUGAUGCUCUACAAAAAGAGUCCUCAAGAGUUGCUCUGUGGUGCCAGCCUCAUCAGUGACAGCUGGGUAUUGACUGCUGCUCACUGUCUUUAUUAUCCACCCUGGGACAAGAACUUAACUACAAAUGACAUCUUGGUGCGGAUUGGCAAGCACGUGAGGGCAAAAUAUGAAAAGAACAUAGAGAAAAUUGCUCUGUUGGAUAAAAUCAUCAUCCAUCCAAAGUACAACUGGAAAGAGAACAUGGAACGAGACAUUGCACUCAUGCACUUGAAGAGACCAAUCAUCUUCAGUGACUAUAUCCACCCUGUCUGCCUGCCUACCAAAGAGAUUGUGCAGAGGCUGAUGCUGGCAGGUCACAAAGGACGGGUAACUGGUUGGGGAAACUUGAAAGAAACAUGGGGCACUAGCCCAAGCAAGCUCCCCACAGUCCUGCAACAGCUCAAUGUGCCUAUUGCAAGUCAAGAAAUCUGCAAGGCAUCCACCAAAGUUAAAGUCACGGACAACAUGUUCUGUGCAGGUUACAGUCCUGAAGACUCAAGAAGAGGAGAUGCCUGUGAAGGGGACAGUGGGGGACCUUUUGUAAUGAAGAACCCAGAGGACAACCGUUGGUAUCAAGUGGGAAUAGUGUCAUGGGGAGAAGGCUGCGACCGAGAUGGGAAAUACGGAUUUUAUACCCAUGUAUUCCGCCUGAAAAAGUGGAUACGAAAAGCCAUUGAAAAACAUGGACAAUAGAGGAAGUGUUCACCUUGCUUGCUCUCAGUUUUGCUACAAUGCUCCACUUCCUAAAAACAGAAGCAUAGAAAAUCCUGAAGUAAAGCAGUUAUAUCCUUACAACUCAAGGGAAAGUGUUCUUCCUUGAAAAUAAAAGAUCUCAAACCCA